CCUUCAUAUUUAAAACCAUGUUUUGCUUCUUUAUUCCUUUAUGAAUUUGACAUUAAUGUUUUAUGUUAUGAUCUUUCCAUGGUGUUGGAUUCACUUGGUUUUCUUCCACCACCAAAGGAGGGUGAAUCAAUGAGUGAUGUUGCCAAUCAAGUUUUGCGUGAACUAAGGACAAGAUCGUUUCUUUCCGAUGAUCUUGACUUUGGGGUAGAUUAUUGUUUUGAAAUGCAUGAUUUGGUAAGUGAUCUUGCAGUGUAUAUUGGGAAAGGUGAAUUUGAAAGAGUCGAUCGCCGCAAUCCAAAACUAUCGGAGAACGCCCAGCAUUUAGUAUUUGAGGAAAAUGACUUUUGUGGUCAAGAUCUUGUCCCCGCCGGUGUCAGAUCUGUUGUUUUUCGUAACGGAGGGAGCGAUAUAAAUUUCUUGAAUACAUUGGUGUCAAGAUGCAAAUACUUGAGGCUUUUGGACUUACGUUAUUCAGAACACGAGAGUCUGCCUCAGUGUAUGGGAAAGUUGAAACAUUUAAGAUUUCUCUGCCUUGCAAAAAUGGAAAAACUUAAGGAACUUCCUGAUUCAGUCUGCAAACUUCAAAAUUUGCAAACUUUAAUCCUUAGUGGAUGCACAAAUCUGCAGAAGUUACCCAAAGGAAUGAAAAAUCUUGUUAGCCUUCGUCAAUUGGCUAUAACCACCGCACAAGCUGAUUUUCCAAAAGAAUUGAUUGCAAAUUUGACUUCUUUAGAAAAUUUAUCUUUUACUGAAUGUGAUAAUUUGGAGUCAUUGUUCGAAGGAGUACAACUUUCAACUGUCAAAAGUUUGAUUUUGUCUGAGUGUGGAAGUCUAAAGUCGGUGUCGCUCCAUGCCUUCAGAAAUUUAGAGUUUUUAAUGAUCGCCGAUUGCACCAAGUUGGAAUUGUCAAUGAGCCUUAGCUGCCAAAUCCCCGAUUCAAAGUUAAAGUAUCUUUUUCUUGAUGAGUUGCCACAACUAGUUAAAUUGCCUCAGUCGUUUCAAGGAUCUGCAAACACUUUACAACACUUAUCAAUUUCAGAUUGCGUCAAUCUUGAUGAACUUCCAGAGUGGCUACCAACUCUAAUUUGUCUCAAAGUACUUGACAUUGGCAGUUGUCCUAAGCUACUGUCACUCCCUAAUAUUCAUCACCUCACAAAUCUUGAAAAUUUAGAAAUCGUUGAUUGUCCUGAGUUAUGCAGAAGAUUCAAGCCAGAAGUUGGACAAGAUUGGCACAAGAUAUCACAUAUCAAAAUAGUUCACAUUGAGGAUUCAGAUACUGAAGAAGAAUCAUCCGAAUAACAGUCAAAAGUUGGAGGUUAUACCACUUUAUGGAUCUUUCCACCUCAAAAUGGACUGAUAUUCAGCAUGAAGCUAGAGAAUAUCCUAUUUACAUAUAAAAUUUGUAUCUGCUGUAAGUUUAUGCAUUUUAUUCUUUUAAUUUUCAACUUUCUUACCAAUAUUUUCUUGUAUAUAAAAUAAGGUAUUGGCAGGUCAAUGUUAAAUAAUAGUGUUAUUAACAUUAAGUGUAUGUCAA